GUCUCUUGCACGUCCAGUAGUUCCAAACUAGCUUUAUCUUCUCCUCACAUAAAAGAAGAAAUUGAAUCACACCUCUUGUGAUUACAAUUCAUUUGGGGAUUGCAAUUUUCAAGCUCUAGAUCAGAGAAUUUCAUCAUGGCUCAAGAAUAUGUAGAUCUGAUCAGCUAUUUGCCGCAAGACAUCCUCCAAAGAAUCAACUCCUUCCUGCCACUCAAAGAGGCAGUGAGAACAAGCCUUCUCUCCACACAAUGGAGGUCUCUCUGGUUACCCACGACGGUGAAUCACUUUGCCGCAGGUGGUGGCACGACUGCUGCAGUUAACGCAGUUGAAGAUUCGUUAGAAGCUGUCAACGUAUUUCUGGGAUCUUACGAGAGCCCGGAGAUGCGCAAACUGUGUUUCCGGUUCCCCGAGGGUGACGUGACCAUCGUUGCCACAAAGGGAGUCGACAAAGAGCUUCAUCUCAAUUUCUCUCACAGCCAAAAGGAGGACAAACGUUAUUACCAUAUGAAAAUGGAAUUAGGUAAUAUUACUCCUAUCAGCAUCACCAAUGUAUCCACCCUAAGAACUCUUCAUCUACGAUCGGUCUCCAGUGUCUCUGAGGACGUUGCCUCCUCCUUGCUCACGAAUUGCCAGCUUCUACAGAGCUUGAAGAUUGAGAAGUGCGAAGGACUAAAGAGAAUUAGGAUCGAGAAGAAUGAAAGCCUCAGAAAUUUGAUGAUUUUGGAUUGCGUGUACAUAGAGAAUGUGUUUGUUUCAGCUACCGGCUUAAGAUCUUUUGUGUAUAAGGGCCUAUUGACCCAAAUCCACAUGAAGAAUGCUUCGAAUUUGGUUGAUGCGGUGCUUGAUUUGGAGGGUGCUUUUGGUAACGUUGACUUUGACUGUGAAGAAGUUCUCUCUCUGCUCUCUUCCUUGAAAGAAGUUGAGACUCUCGCUACAAGUGGGUGGCUUCUUGAGUGGCUAUGCUCAGCAGGAGUUAUCUUUGGAAGGCUAGAAUUCCAGUUUUACAAGUUAAAGCAAUUGAGGUGGGUUGAUUCUCUAAUGGACAAUGCAAAGCGCGAUUCAUUGGCUUGUUUCUUGAAUAGCUGCCCAAUCUUGGAAAAGUUGUUUAUCACAAUUGAUCCCAGCAGGAGCAGCGUGACCUGUCCCUACUUUCAUCAACAUUGGCAUGAACCUCAUCUUUGGAUGGAUUUUCCCACUGUGAAGUCCAACGUUUUGCAGCUGAAAUACUUGAAGCUCGUUAAGUUUGUAGGGUUUACAAUUGACGGAGAAGAUAGGUUGUUAUCGUCACUAGUGGAUCUUCUCCUGGGGAAGACAAUCGUGCUCAAGUCAAUAACGGUGACAUCGCACUAGAACAUCUCGUGGGGCGUCGUGAAGGUACCGGAUAAACAGCCGACGCAGAGGUGGUGGAAUUUCAGAAAAGGGACAGUGAUUACAUUGCCGAGAAAUUUCUCUUUUGCAUUGCUAGAAGAUAGAUGAAGUCAAAUACGGAAAGGGAAAUGUGAAGCCUUUUAUAUGUAUUUGGUUUCCUCCCUGUCCCAAGUGAAUCUGUGUAUAGUUUGCGUUCCGCUGUCAUUUUCAAGUUCUAGUUUUUAUGAGCUUUAAGUCUGUAACUGGUCUAACAUAUUGUUUGCUAA